UUUCAAUCCAUUUCCACAACAUUUUUAGGGCAGAUCGCCAAUCAAAUUCUGCUCCGAGGAGCGUUUGUGAUGUCGCCCAUAUUGUGGGCGCUAGUUCCGAUGAGUUUUUUGGAUAAUGUGUGGAGUGUCGCAAAGAACAAGGCGGAAAUCGCGGGCAAAGUAAUUGCUGACCAAUUAUUGGAGCGAGGUACAAACCGGGCAUUGUCCCUUGUCGGAACGUCUGUGGGGUGUCAAGUAAUUUUGUCAAUCCUCGACAAUCUGCCUGAAGAUUGUUCAAUCAUUCAGGAUGUUGUAUUGCUGGGAUGUCCUUUUGCAUCCAAUUCACCGAAAUGGGGAGAAUGGAGGCAGAAGGUGUGUAAUCGCUUUGUCGUUGUUCAUUCAGAAAAUGAUGGAAUGCUUGCCUAUGUGAAUCGAAUCGAAUCAGGAAUCGUUUCUGUUUCCGGUCUUACUGGAGUGGAGACAGAAGGGAUCGAGAACUAUGAUGCUUCUGACAAGAUUCAAUCUCACUUUCAAUAUAUGCAACAAAUACGUCAAAUCCUUUUAGAUUUACAUUUUAACUCGGAUCUUCCUGAACUUUGA